AUGGCCACCACAGCAGGAGGUAGCAUAGACGACCGUAUCCGACAACGUCAAACGGCUGGUCGCAAUCCUCUUGAAACAAUCCCCACGACAAAUAAUCCUCGUGCCAACAUCCCCAAUACCCCUCUUGCAAGCGCUACCAUUGCCUUUUCUCUUGGUUCUGUCUUCGCAAUCGGGGCGUUGACCUUUCUACUUGGAGGAUUUCCAAAUACUCCAUGGCUGACAUACCAGCUGGGUUUCUUUUUAGCAGCAUGGGCGCUAUUUCACUGGGCUGAAUUUGCCGUGACAGCGGGCUGGAAUCUUGAAAAGUGCAGUGUGGACUCUUAUCUUCUCGAUAAUGGCGCCAUGUACCACGUCGCAAAUAGUGCAGCGUUACUGGAGUACCUCAUAGUAUGGUACUUCAGACCCUCAUCCAAGUCUUUUCCACAUGUUACACCCAUCGGCAUAGUAUUGGUUAUUGCGGGGCAGGCUUUACGGUCCACUGCUAUGAUUCACGCAUCCACCAACUUUUCGCAUUCCGUCGCGUUCCACAAACGCGACACUCAUCAGCUUGUUACAAAUGGCAUUUAUGGAUGGUUUCGUCACCCGUCGUACGCCGGAUUUUUCUAUUGGGCACUUGGGACUCAACUGGUGCUUCAGAAUGUGUUCACUUUCGUUCUUUUCGCAGUUUUACUGUGGAGAUUCUUUUAUUAUAGAACUAGAGCUGAAGAGGCUGCUCUAAUCAGAUUCUUUGGAGAUGACUACGUGAAGUAUCGAAAGCAAGUGGGGACUAAGAUACCCUUCGUACCCUGA